AUGUGGCAACUCGGGGUGGUUUUUGCAGCAGUCGCGUCGCUGUCGGGCGCUGCCGGCGACGCGCUCGUGCGGCUCUCCUUCGUUCUGGAGGAGCGACGCGCUGCAGGCAGUGAAGGCGGCGAACCCCAGGAGACUGAGCAGCGCGCGGGCGCCCGCAGUCAGGCUCUGGAUGCGGAAGAAGGCGAAGCCCGGGGCAAUGAAGGCAGCGCAAAAGAGCGGUCACAAGCGAGGCGAGGCGACGCAUUUGGCGGAGGAGAAGGCAGAGAGGCGCUCGCCAGCGCCCGCCAAGGCAAGCGCCCUCUGUAUCGUCGCCCGCUGUGGCUCCUGGGCACCUGCCUCGGCACGGUCAUCAACUCCCUUCUGUCGAUCAUUAGCCUCGACUUCGCGAGCGCCGCAGUCGUCACGCCAUUCGCAGGUCUCCACAUCUUUUGGAACGUCAUCUUGUCGCGGCUCUUUUUGGAGGAGCGCGUCUCGCCCCAGCACUACGUGGGCAGCGCCUUGAUUCUCGUGGGGCUUCUGCUCGUGCUGUGUUUCGGCGUGCGGACGCCUCCCCCGCUUUCGCUGGAAGCCCUCCUGCGUCUCUACUCGCAGAAGACAUGCGUGUUGUACUUUUGCAUUUCGACCUUGGCAAUCGGCUUCUGCAUCUACGUGGCGAUUUGGGGUCGGGACUUGCCUCAAGGCGGCGCGCCGCCUCGGUCUGCUUCGCGCCGAGCCCGAAGAGACAGCAAGCGAGGCGGGGGAAUCGAGCUGUCCGUGCUCGGGGCUCCUGCACGCGCCGCGUCCUUCUCUCCCUCGGCGUGCCGCCCAGGCGCCAAGCAGCAAAGAGAGAUCCGCAUGUCGCGGCGAGACGAGGACUGCGAACAUAAGGGCCUCUUGUGCGCGGCGGCGGCGCGCGAAAGGAGCUCGUGGCAGACAGGGCAGGCGGAGUGCGAGGAGAGCCUCGGCGGAGGGCAGGGCGCCUCGAAGGCCGGCGAGAAGACGAGCGGAAAGCCCGCCGGCAAGGUCCCGGACGACUCGAAGCGCGAGGAGAGGGAGAUGACUCGAAACAGGGCGGUGGGGGGCACUGGAGACACCGAGAUGACUCUCGUGGGUUCCAAAGCGAGGGAGAUUCGCGUCUCAGCCGAGAGCGCGACGCAGUGGAGAGCCGGGAAGGAAGAAUCGAGCGGAGGCGCGUUUGCAGGUCUGCAAGCGCAGCUAGGCGGAGAGAGGAGACGAAGCGAGGAAAAGACCACUUCGUCCUUACCGUUAUUCUUUCCAGUCGGCCUCAGGCGCCUCUGCACUGCGGCCGUCAGUGGACUCUGCGGAGGAAACACAAACGUCCUUAUGGAGCACGUGAUGAAGGUCUGGCACGAAGAGACGCUGCACAACGUGAUGCACCCGAAGUUCUUUCUCUUGCUUUCCUUGCUCGCCAGCAUGGCGGUUGGGCAGCUUCUCUUCCUCAACAUCAGCCUCGCGCGUUACGAGGCGCUCUAUGUGGUCCCGACGACUAUGAGCACGCUUAUCGUGAGCAGCUGCCUGGCAGAGAUUGCGCUGUUCAUCCACGUCGUCCAUCUGUCGCAGCGCGAGUUCCUUCUCUUCGCUGGGGGCUGCUUUUCCAUCGUUGUCGGAAUCACAGUCCUAUCUGCCGCAGACAUUGAAAGAAAGGAAGCAGAUGCGGCCGGCGCGGACACCACUGCAGACGUGAACGAAGAGGAAGACGGGUUCGACGAUUUAUCAACUUCUCUACGCUCCUUCAGCUCGCGCACGAGUGCGAAGAUCGGCGUUCUCUGCCACCGGCCGGCGACCGGCGAGGGCGGCGCGUGGGGUUCGAGGCGACGGAACCGCGGCUACGAGCACCUGGUGGUCCCGCCGUAUGCCUUCGACGAGAGCGACGACGACCGGAAGCAGACGCGCGGCGAGGAAGCGAGGCUGGAGAGCGAGGAGUUCGAGGCCUCGCAAUUCCCCGGCGAGCCGAGGGACGACGCGCAGGACGGAGAGCGGGAGAGCGAAGAGAGCUUUUCUUCGUGCAAUCAGGGAUCCGCUUCGUCCGAUGGAGCGAGUAGGGGCACGGCGACGCCGCGACGCUCCUCCUCGGAUGACCAAGAGGGCGCCUUUUGUGAAGCUGAAGAAGAGAGCGACGCGGUCGCGCAGUCGCCGCCUGCCGCGGUCGCGCCGUCGCCGCCGCGGACGCCAGAUCUCUUGGCCCAAGGGCUGUUCUUCUCGGAAGGGCCCUUGGGGGGGAGCAAAGGGCAGUUCUCCGGGGAACGCAGCGACACUCCGCGGUCUUCGCUCUCGUCGCUGCGCCUCGAGGAUGUGCACGUUGUGGCGGCCGCGCUAGACGCAGCAGCUGACCGCAGGAACGGCUUCUGA